GUAAUGGGCGUAAUGUAAACAAAACAAAACAACACGGGUAGAAAUUGUGUGGGAAUCGGUGAUUAGGGUCGGUUGCUAGAAUUUCUAUUUAAUAAUGCACUGAUUUUUAAGUGUACUUAUGUUAUUAUUGGAGCUGGAAGCCAAUGAAAUACUCUGCGACACAAAAGCUAGAGCCUAGACUGAGACAAAACUAAAAGUGAAAGAGACUUGCCCCCGCCCGCCCUCACGGCUCGCGCAUUGAUAAUUAUUUUGAUAUGUCCUGCAGUUAGAGCUCUAUUUGAGUUUUGACCUUCAGCUCACUCUCCAAAAAAGAAACACGGAAAAAUAAUUGCAAGUAGUAUAGGACCGUCGCUCUCAGUCAUGUCUACCAUCGGAGACUUCGGGCCUACGGUGAGCCGGCUGCAAUCGAACGUGCAGAGUCUUCAGGAGGAGACUGAGACAUGUCAACGAGCCGCUGGCGAGCUGCGCGAUCGGCGUGACUCGCUGCAGCGCCGUGUCGACGAGGCCGAUCGGCAACUCGCCGAGCGCCGCGCCGCGCUCAACCAGUUUCAGUUCAAGCUGAAGAGCCAGGGCUUACUAGUUGAGGACUGCGAGAAACGCGCUAAAGAGGCGGAACAGGAGAACGCUGCAGUGCAGGCGGAGCUCACCCAGAUGCGGGACGCCAUCGCCACUGAGAAACGCGAGCGACUCGAGCGUCUGGAGGCGGCGGACGGCCGCGUGCAGGGCCUCGCGCGCCGGUUCAGAGACGCUUCCCUGCUCUCUCAGCCAGAUGAGGCGACACCGGAGAGCGACUCUGAGGCGACUCGCGCUCGGGUGGAUGCUGCUCGGGAGACGGUCGCCCGUCUCGUCUCUCAGCUGGAGGCCGAUCAGGGACAGCACAUGGUGCCUCCAGAUGUGAAAAGCGCCACCCUGAAGGAUGCGCAGGCCUGUGUCGACGGGCUCAAACGUCAGCUAGGGCUUUAGGUGUGAAGCGUAGCGCUGGCCGUGCUGUGAACAAUGCAGGGGAGCCUCCACCAGGCAAGCUGCAGUGAGGUGGAGGCGGUUUCGACUUCGAACUUAUCUAUAGGUGCGUUGUUUUGCACCCUGGUAAGGUUUACUUUGUGUUGAUGCAGAACAUUUACAUGUCAUAGGAAGGCUGUGAAACAUUUGCACAUGACUCAAUUCCUGUUUAUUUUAAAAGUUAAAUGCUCUGAAUACAACAUUAUGACACCA